ACCCUUUCAUGUAUCCUUAGUGACAACAACAUUUCCUGAUACAGAACUUGGGCGCGGCCGCUCGUCAAGUUACCAACGCCUAUCUCUCCUUUGUGUUCACAACCAUAAGGAAAGAACGCGAGAUUGAUAUGAAAAACGCUAUCAAGGCGAGACUCGAAGCUGAUCCCGGGCUCGAUGUCACGACCCUCUCACAGGCUCACCUCGAUGCAGAGGAGAUAUAUUCAGCGUAUUUAGAAUCGGCGGAGGGCGCCGGCUUACCUUCGACGGUUUCAGAACUCAGCGUCAAUGACAAGGUGAAUUAUAUUCUGUGGUGUAACCGGUACGUACACCCGAACCGGCUCCUAGGCACUGGCGACAUCAAGAACACGCCUCAUAUCCGCCUUUACCAAGAGAUAAUUAUCGAUUCUGAUGAUAAUGACGCGUCUUAUCGUGACCGGAACGGUCAGGAAAUUACACUGUCUGGAGUUGUGGAGUAUGCAAUGCUGGUGUUCAAAACAGAGGAUGAGGAACAAGUCCUAAAUGCUGGCUACGGUACAUCGCAAAAGUGUCUACACAAGGUCAGGUCCUUGGAGCCACGGCUUCUCUUUCUCGAAACAAGGGAACGGGACCUACGCGAUGAGCCGCUUAUUGAAGCAUCGGCUCAAGCCCUUGCUCUGAGUAGACUGUUCAAAAGGCCUAACGUUCGGUUCAUUGUAACGGAUUCUAAUGAUUGGAUGGUUGCUCAUUUGCACAAUCCUCUUGAUGGAGGCUCACCAGAGGUCACAUCAUGGCUACUGCCACCCUUGUACUCUGAGAUCCCCUUUCAAGCAUAUUAUGGUACGAUAUUGGGACGAGUCGGGGCAACGAAAAUUUGGAGGAUAUACGUUCGAACGUUUUAUGUGACGUUGCUUGAAUGGCUCUUGCCAGAGAGUACUUCGGCAAUCCCGACACCACCACGAUUCGACAAGAUGUCUGGUUCUAAAAUUUGAUUCGAAUCAACUAACAGUUGUCCGGUGUCUUUCUUUCUUGCGGACAUUAUUCAUUCUUACUUCAAUCGUGCUCUCGC